AUGGAUCUUAUUCGUUUCCAUAUUUGGGAGUCACGAGAAAUCGGCAUAACUGGUGCUGUUCCUAGCGAACACAGUGAAUACAUUCCCACUGGAUUUGAAAAUAUAGAAAAUGACGAUGCUUAUUUAUUGCAUCGCUCGAACAGAUUAAACGACGAUAAUACGUCCGCUUCGGUUCCAGCGUAUGAUACUAGUCAAUAUGGAUAUGACGACGACAAUGAUAAUGAAGAGGACGAGGGUCCAUAUGAAGCUCUAAAACGCCAAGAGGAUUCAAAAAGAACGCCUCUACAAAACAAGUUAUAUUACUUUUUUGAAGUUCCGGUUUCGAAAUGGGCUAAAGUGUAUUCUUGGCUUUCUUUAACUGUUAAUUUAGCUUCUAUUUCCAUUCUUUGCAUUGACUCAAUUCCUAGCAUAAUGGGUCAACCAUACUAUGAUCACAUUUGGUAUUGUAUGGACAUUACAUUUGUAACUUUCUUUACAAUUGAAUAUAUUUUUCGAUUUUAUGCUUCGUCGAAUAAAUUAAAAUACCUUUAUCAGCCUUCGAACGUCAUUGAUCUAAUAUCAAUCACAGCAAUUUACAUACAAAUAAUUUUUUCAACCCGUAACGAAUAUCCAUCAAGUCAACUGGGUCCUGCUUUACGUUUUGUCGGAAUACUUCGAUUGUUUAGAAUUGUAAAGUUGUUGCAUAUUUCCAAGCAUACCAGUGGUAUUGGCUUCAAUUUUUCUUCUCAAGUAUUUAUUCGAUCUGCGUAUCAAUUACUUAUUGGUUUGAUAUACGCGUUAAUAAUUAUAAUUGUAUCAUCAGUAUUUAUGUACUAUGCUGAACGUGGUGAAUUGGAUCCUCUUGAUUCAACUUGGUAUCGUUAUAACGAUAAGGGGCAGCGGGAACGUAGCCCUUAUCAGUCAAUUGUCCACAGUUUUUGGUGGGCAAUUGUCACAAUUACUACAACCGGUUAUGGUGAUAUUGUUCCUGUUACUCCUCUAGGAAAACUCAUUGCUGGUUUAACCAUGGCACUUGGUAUCUUGGUUAUUGCUUUACCAACAACAAUAAUUGGUUCUAAUUUCAUGAAUGAAUGGGCUGCACGACAACACUCGAGAAAUCAAUCGAGAUUACGCAAAUCACGUGAAAAAACAGGUUCCCUCAACAGUGUAGAGAGAUUAAGAGCCCUACAAGUUCAUAAUGAUUUAAUACUUGAAACUAUAUUAGAAAUACAAGACCGAUUAGCCGAAAUAAGACCUCCAAAUUACUAUAUCAGAUAUAAAAGUUAUAAAGAAAAGCAUCGACAGGCCUGUGAAAGAAUAUCUGAAUUAGAACACCAAUUGGAAAAACAAAAGCGUAUUACAAAUAAUUUUGAUAUUUUCAUAAGAAAAACAAAAAGUUCUUCCAAUAACAGUGAUUCUACUUUAGCGGAUAAUGAUACAGAUAAUUCUAAUAAGAGGAUACUGAAGUUUCCGCUUUUCAGAAGAUCACAAACCAUUUCUUGUUUUGGAAAUUCUUAUGCUGCAUUUGACACAAAUUUUAUUCACACUCACGAUAAUAAAUCAGAAACAAAAUUAAAGUUUCCAAAGAUGUUUUCCAUUGAUACUCUAAAGAAAAAAAUUGGAAGAACCUUUUCCACUGAUCAUGAUGAUCAUAAAAGUUCAAAGCGUAAAAAAAAGCGUGCAAUUGAAAACACUGAUAUCAGUGCGCCUAUAGCAGUUCGUCCAGCAUUCACACCUAUUAUUGACAGUGGUAGCAGUGCAAAUAGUGCGUAUUCAGGAAUUACGUUAUCACAACGUCCUCCUCAUCGCAGAAAUCAUAGUUCUCCUGAAAUGAUCCCAACGAUUAGAUCCGUGAGUGGGCAUUCUGGUGGCUCAGUAAAUCCAAUUAUCAAUAACAAGCCAAGAGGAAUUUUCAUCCAAGAUUCUAAUGUUAAUUAUCCGAUUCAUCUUGAUGAUAUAAGGCCGUCACGGGUUAUUAAGGUUGAUCAAGGUGAUAGUACUAGUUUGGCUAGCCAUAGUAAGGAUACAGAUAUUGAUCGGAUUGAAAUAUUAGUGGAUGAACAAUAA